AUGCACUACGUGCUCAGAGCCUUGAAGACGCUGCACAAGUACAGCACCUAUGCCGAUGCCACUAGUAUCAGUGUGCACUUCCGUAGGCAAGGACGCAUCGAAGUGGUGCUGUAUGGGCCCCGACGAGGCACCCGCCAUGCCGGCCAACAACAGCGUGGCGGCCGCCAGUCGCCGCCGGCCGCCGAGCCUCUGCUGCCGGCCGCCGACGAGGCCAGUCCGCGGUCGCAGCAGCCGGCCCAGCACAGGAGCAGCCCCGGGCCGCGUUCGCCAGCGCCGUCGAAGGACAGCCCAGUGUUCUUCGAGAAGAACAAAGUGCGCAAGCUGCGUCACUCGGCCAUCCGGGACGACGGGUACUGUUCCUCGACAAGCACACCCUUGUCCUCAGAGUAUGUGGACCACCUGAGCGCCACCGAAGGUCAGACAGCUGUGAUCCUGGCCGACGGUGUGGCGUCGACUGUGCCUGUGGCCAGCAAGCCGCUCGACACCAAGGCGCACGGAGAGCGACCCACGUGGAAGAACAAAGCCGACUUUCUGCUUUCCAUCAUUGGCUUCGCCGUAGAUCUGGCCAACGUGUGGAGGUUUCCCUACCUCUGCUACAGAAAUGGCGGAGGAGUGUUCCUGAUACCAUAUAUGCUGAUGCUGAUUUUCGGAGCGCUGCCACUUUUCUACAUGGAGCUCGUUCUGGGCCAGUAUAACAGACAAGGUCCCAUAAGCGUCUGGAAGGUGUGCCCCCUCUUCAAAGGCGUGGGCUACUGUUCGGUGCUGGUGUCGUGGUACGUGUCCUUCUACUACAACGUCAUCAUCGGAUGGGCGUUGUACUUCAUGUUCUCCUCGUUCCGGGCCGACCUGCCGUGGUCCAAGUGUGGCAAUCCGUGGAACACGGCCAGCUGCUACAGCGGCACGCUGGCAGACAACGAAACGGAUGCGCCGGCCAUUGACAACCGCACUUCGCCAGCGCUGGAGUUCUUCAACCGCGCCGUGCUCGAGCUGCACACAAGUCCCGGCAUGCACGACCUCGGCAGUCCAAAGUGGCAGCUGCUGCUCUGCGUCCUCCUGGUCUUCAUCAUCCUCUACCUGGCACUAUUCAAGGGCGUCAGCUCUUCCGGAAAGGUGGUGUGGGUGACGGCCACAGCCCCUUACUUCAUCCUGACUCUGCUGCUGCUACGCGGCGUGCUGCUGCCCGGUGCCGGCGAGGGUGUCCAAUACUACUUGCAGCCAAACUUCAACAAGCUCCUGGACACGCAGGUGUGGGUGGAUGCCGCGGUGCAGGUCUUCUACUCCGUGGGAGUAGGAUUUGGCGUUCAUCUCACGUACGCCUCGUACAACCCGUUCAACAACAAUUGCUACAGGGACUGCCUCAUGACGACGGCGGUGAACAGCUUCACGAGCUUCUACAGCGGCUUCGUGAUUUUCGUGUACCUGGGCUACAUGGCGGCCAAGCAAGGAGUGCCCAUCCAGCAGGUGGCCACCGAGGGACACGGGCUCGUGUUCCAGGUCUACCCCGAGGCCAUCGCCACCCUGCCCGGAGGUCCCCUGUGGGCCGUGCUCUUUUUCGUCAUGCUUCUGACGCUCGGAUUGGACAGCGCGAUGGGUGGCCUGGAGAGCGUCAUCACGGGUCUCAUGGAUGAAUUCAAGACGUUCUUCUCACGCUGGCACUGCCGCCGGGAGGUAUUCACAGCGGUCGUCAUCUGCGCCUCUUUCUGCGUUUCCAUCGUCAACGUCACCAGGGGUGGUGGUUACAUGAUCACUUGGUUGGACACCUACUCUGCUGGAAUCUCUCUUCUCUGCGCGGCUCUGUUCGAGUCUAUAGGCAUCGCCUGGAUUUAUGGAUUAGAUCGUUUCUGCGGAAACAUACACGAGAUGAUGGGCUUUCGUCCGGGAAUCUUCUGGAGGCUUUGCUGGAAGUUUAUCACUCCCACUUUCCUUGUGGCGGUCAUCAUCAGCGGCAUCGUGAACCAGGCGCCCGUGGAGUACCACAACUACCGGUACCCGCCGUGGGCCAUCAGCAUGGGCUGGGGCCUGGCGCUCUCCUCCGUCUCUAUGGUACCUUUAGUGGCCAUCAUCAAACUGUGCAGAGCCAAAGGCACCUGUACCGAAAGAAUUGCAUACACCAUCACACCCGCAGCUGAAAGACAAGAGGAAAAAGAAAAGGGUACAGUCGAGAGAUUCAAGCUUAGCCACUGGACCUACGUGUGAAGCGUGGAGCGUCUGCCAUGACCUUCACCCCUGCUGUGGACGUGUGGAAUUUUGUGGAGUGUGCAUCUUCUUGGACCAAAGAUUUUCGGAGCCAAAGUCACUAUCGCACACAUCCCUCCGUGCUGUGCGUGGCUCCCGAGACAGCAACUGUGAGGGAAGACUGCCAGUGUGCUCGGUUGAACGCCUCCCUUGACGAAUGGCCGGCCCCAUCGGCGGUGUGGUGCACAUGUCUGUGC